AUGUCUGCUCCAUCCACUCCGCGCUCGACGCGUCUGGAGCCCACGGCUGGUUCGCCAGCACAGAUGCUCACUCCGGGUCAAAAAAUCAAAGCGAUGCUGGCAGCCUUUGACGACGACUCAGAACCAGAGAAUACUACAUCUGUGGCACACCGACCAAUGCUCUCGAAACCUACCUUCGACUUCUCAAAGAACAAAACCGCUCCUACUGUUGAGCCAGAAGACGAUGACGAGGACGAAGAUGAUGUGAUCUUUGCUCCCCGAGGUCGGAUGGCUGCUCGAAUGCAGGGUCAUGACGAGAAUGGGAAGGCAUCACGGCCUAGCCCGGUUCAAAAUCCAGAGACAGCUUACGAGAGAGUAGCGAGAAGGCUACAUGCACCGUCUGCGGAUGCUGCGCCGGUGGCAGACGAAGAUCAAUCGUCAGAAGAUGAUGAUGUUCCUUCUGCCAUUUUAUCUCGACGGCACUUGCUUCAAAAGAAAGAACGCGGACCUGGUGUUUCGUCCGAAAAAAACGAGUCUUCGAGAGAGCGUUCCGAAUCUCCUUUAUUUAUGGAGCAAGACAAUAACUCAGAAUCGGAGGUGGAAAAUGAUGAGCCAAUAACCGAAACCGAGAAUUCGCGUCUUCGUGCUCUAGUUGAGAAAAAACGUAAGGAACGCAAGGAGAAGGAGAGAAUUGAGUCAGAGAAGAAAGCUGCCAGAGCAGAAAAGGCGGAGCAGUUCAACUCCGAUAUUAUGGCUAGUGAGGACAGUGAGGAAGAUAUAGGAAGCGCACGGAAAAUGACGCAACAAUCCCGACCUACCCGCAAGGCAAGCAAGAAAGCUUUGGAAGAGAUGAAUCGAGAGACUCAACGAAUAAGCCGAAACAUGCAACUCACCCACGAGGCGCGAACAAAACGCAAAAUCACCAUGGAUAGCUUUCUCGACCAAUUUAAAAAUUAUGGUCAGCGUGCAGAUACCUCUGCGCAAACCACCAAUAUCACGAAUUCUUCAAAAUCUUCAAUAGCUUCAAGCUCAACCAUUUCAUCGGAUGGCGAAGGGAUUAAAGAGAAAGGGACGCCUGCAACAUCACCGGUGCGAGUUAGUCUCAAUGAUCAGUCCAAUAAAGCCCAAAAUGCAGUAGCCUCUUCGGAGGAGGAGGGACCUUAUCUGCCAACUAUGGAGGAAUUGCAGUCACAGAUUGCGUCGUCUCGUCAAGCUACCGCUAUUUCAGGACCUAAUGCUACCACAGCCAACGCCCGACCUCAGAUAUUAAAUAGGCCAACCGUUAAUGUCCGACUAUCUCGCCAAGACGUUGCCAGGUAUCAGCAAGAAGCAUCAGACGAUGAACUAGAAGUUGUUACCUCGCCCGGGAAAUGCCGCCAGCUCUCCAUAUUUGAGAAUGUUCGGUCAAAGAACUCACAUGAGAGUCGAUCAGCUCUAACGCAGAAAAUGCUGGCUCGCGUAUCGUCGCCUACACGCCGCACAAAGUCAAUAAAUCAUGCCGAACUAUCCGCGUCAUUGCUCUGGAAGGCUAGAGAGCAGGCACGCCAAGAAAGACAAGAGAAAAUAGAAGAGCUACGUGCUAGGGGUGUUUAUAUCGAAACAGCGGAAGAACGAGAAGCAAUGGAAGGGGAAGUCGAAGAUCUAGUAGAAAAAGCUAGAAAGGAUGCCGAGGAAAUCGCUCGGCAGGAAAAGGCUGCUCGGGAGAAAAAGUCUGGAGUUGUUGAGUCUGAAAGUGACGAAGAAGACUAUGACUAUUCGGGCUCUGAAGAGGAAGAAGAUGAAGAGGACGAGGUCGGUGAGUCAGAUACAGAGGGUGAAGAUAGCGAAGAGGAAGAAGAAGAAGAAGCUUCGCACCACAAACUCGAUGAAUUGAUCCACAAUGAAGCAGAUGAAACUGCAGAAUCAGAGGACGAAGAGAUAGAAAUUGAAAUGCAAGAAGACGAGGAAGAUGUGGCUCGGGGCGUGCGACGAAAACGCCGCACAAGAGUUCUCAGUGACGAUGAAGACGAGCAAGAUGAAGUGAAUGGCAAAGAGCCCGCCACGUCGCUGCAGGAAAUCAAAACGCCAGCACGAUCUGUUGCCUUGUCAUCUGGUUCUGCCCAACGGCCACACUUUCCUGACGUGGCUGAAACAUCCUCGUUUACGAUGGGUCUCACGCAGGCGUUCGCUGGAACGAUUGGGGAGAACCAGUCGGAUGGCGAAGACUCUUUCAGCGCUAUUCAAAGUCUUCCAGACCCCGGAUUGUCAAACUUCCAAGGCAUGGUCAUUGAUUCUCAGGUGAUGGUCAAAGACAGCCAAGAGCAGCGCCGAGAAUCAAUUGACUUACUUGCUAGUUAUACGCAAUCUAACGCUCGUGUUUCAGAGUCUCCAGCUCCGAAUUGGUCUCAGGCUUCACAGUUUCCGGAGCCCACGCAAGACGCAGGUUUUACACUCACUCCAUUUGACCAGUCUAAACGGUUUAUUGAUCCCCCGGCCUCCACCAUUGAUACAGUUAUUCUACCGGAGAGGGAUAUUGCAUCUCCCACUAUGCACAGAAAGAAUCGUCUUCAGCGAGGCCGACCUGCCCAAUUGUCAGAUGACGAAGACGGGGACUUUGAGAUCAAAGCUAGCGCGUUUGAUGUGAUGAAGAAGUCUGGCAAGCGUAAAUCCAAGUCGGCUGUUCCAUUUGAUAAAAUGAACAGCAAGGCAAAGGAGCACGUCGAUGAAGCUGCCGAAGAAUCUGAAGAUGAAUAUGCCGGCCUGGGUGGUGCAAGUGACGAUGAAAAUGGGAACGAAGACGAAUUUGAUAGGGAAAUGAUCAACGAUGACAGUAAUGAAGUUGUUGAUGAGAAGGAAUUAGCGGCAUUAAAUGCAAAUCACCAACGAGCCGUGGAUGAGAAGGAAGUAUCCAGGAUUAUGAAAGACAUCACAACUGGAGCUCUCAGACGUAGACGUGGAGCGGACAAUGAUUUCGACUUGGACGACUCAGAUGACGAGCGCGCGGCUAGACGAAGGGAAAAGCAGCGCGAAUUCGCCAAAAUGCGUAAGGCAUUGCUUGCUGAUGAAAAGGUCAACGAGAUUGCCAAGAAUCCAAAGAAAGAAGCAUUUUUCAAGACUCUGGAAGACCGGGACGAUGAUGACAUGGACUUUGAGUUUCAAAGUGCUGCUGAUUCGCAGGAAGUCUCUUCUCAGGGUAUUCAAGGCGAAACAUUGCCAGCCGCUCAUGACUCGGGCAACACUUCACACAAAAGAAAACGUCCUCUCCAACCUGCUCCUGAAGAUGUUAAUAAUCGGCCUCCGCCACAUCUCCGACGUACCGCAGCUUCUGUCUCACGCAAACCAUCUUCCUUAUCAGAGAUCCGAGAAACAUUAUCCUUCUUAACGGCAACGCCGGAAUAUGAUUCGUUCCACGAAGAUGCGUCCAUAGAGCAAGAUAUUGUCUAUGACACCGAUAAAGGCGCUUCUGAUGACGACGACAGCACUACAGAGCCCGAGAAGAGAAUGUCGGCAGAAGGGUUUGCUAUUCCGCCAAACCCACGCCGCACACGUGGCCGUGUUGUUGACCGUCUGGCUCUUAAACGAGCCGCAUCAUCCAACUCUGCUUCCGCCAACACCAAGUCCGCCUUUAUGACUGGUUUGGAUUCUUUGUCCCAUGUGGGAUUCCGACCACCAGCGCUAUUCCGUCGAUCGACAACGUCCUCGUCGUCAACAUCCAGCGACACAUCGUUCUCAACAACACGUACCCAAAAGCCCGCCGCUGGUGCCCGACCUGCUGUUUCUACGACAAAGGGCGCUGUGAACUAUUACACAGCGGCACGGGAACGCGAAAGGGAACGCGAACUGAGGUUAGGAGACCGCCUUGGUAAAUCUGCUGCCACUGCAGCUCUCUUGAAGCAGAAGGCGCUAUCCAGUGGUCUGAUGGCUUUGAAUAAGAACCAAUGGGAGUGA